AUGAGCACUGCUCUCCGGAGGGGAGGUAGCUUCCUCGGAAUGCGUUUCGGUACAGAAAGGGGGGAAAGCCUCUUUGGCGCCUUGCUUGGCUGCUUUCCUAAAUACAACUUCAGUCCACUGCCUUUCAUUCGCGUCCUUAGGAACGGAGGUGCCUGGAAUUCUGGCGGCAGAAAUGGGGAGGGUCAUAGGCGGGGAGCCUUGCGGUUUCUCUUAAUCUUUCUUUGGCCUUGGAAGCGGCCUCAGCGUCUUCAUCCAUUGCAGAAGCGUUUUACCGGUGGUCUUCGGGCUGUUGGGAAUGAUGACCUGUGGGGCUGUGCUGAUGUGUUGUGCGACAGAAAUAUCUGA